AUGAAUGAAGCUGAUAGAGCUCAAGCGUCCGUCAGGGCCAUGCGGAAAACCAUCAGUUAUAUGCAGCAGAACCCAUGUGCCACACAGCAAUGCCGGGCUACAGACACAAACCUGUUCACGAAGCAGGCUCCGGAACCAUCUAUCCGGAAAGUAUCCCGAUUCAAGCCCUGCGAAAGCAACUUCAGGCCUGACGACCAGUAUGAAGCAGAUGAUGACCCUAAGUCGGAUCGACCACGUAGCGCCAACGUCUCAAGUCGCUCUCCCAGUAAAGGCUCGCCCGUGCAGGACUUGCAAAGCUCUUUGGAAGUUGCAUCCAAGUCACCGAAAUCAAGGCGGCAACGGGCGCUGGCAGCAGGCCACCCAGAUACUCCAGACAACCGUUCAUGUGCCAGUAGUCCGAGUACAUUCCAUGGCAAUACUUGGAGACGCUAUAUUGAGAAUGAUAUCAAUCAAUCAAAUUUGACAAAAGAAGGCACCACAAUGCAUAAGGACUCCAAACCAAUCAACAAAUCAGUUCACAAGGACAGCAGUAUUCGUCUGGAUCGGUGCCAUGGCAUGAGCUGCCGUUGCUUGGAUUGCCAGUACCACCCACCAGCUCAGUCAGGUAUGCUCGUCGAGCGGUCGCGAGACGGCACUCUAUAUACGAAUGGUGUAAAGCAACACAUCUCAGCAUCCAUGACAGAAACCAAGGCCCAACCUUCAAAGGUCCAGCGUAACACUAUCGCACAACAUGCGCGGUUGCAGACUUACCAGAGUGGUCAGCCUUUGUUCUACAAAGAGCCUCUUAGCACCUCCGUUCCUUCAACAGGUUGUGAUUCAAAUGUGCCGUUCACAAUGGCUACGAAGGAGGCUCUCGAAAUCCCCCGGAAGAAGUUGCGACUGGAAGGACGAAAGGCGAGGGGAUACUUUGAGGGAUACCUCGAUGAGGUGGCAGGAACCACGGAAACGAAAGAAGCAUAUCCAUCCAUCUUGGAACCAGCCGGAUGCUAA